AUGUUAGUAACUAUUAGUUUUAUUAUUGUUCUAUAUAUAUUUUAUCGUUUAUAUAAACAUUUAUUUCCAGCACCAAAUAUUAAUCCAAAUGUUAAAUAUGUUCUUAUUAGUGGUUGUGAUAGUGGAUUUGGUCAUGGAUUAGCUAUUGAACUUGAUAAACAAGGAUUCAAUGUUUUUGCUGGUGUUUAUAUUCCUGACAGUAUAAUAUCUCUUAAAGAAAAACUUUCAUCAAGAGCUACGCUUUUUCGUCUUGAUAUUACUAAACAAGAAGAUAUUGAUGCUGCAUUUGACCUACUAUGGAAAAGUGUAUAG